CGUAACCGUGCACGAGUACUGUGAUGUGCCGCGAUGUGAUUUCGGCAAAUGUAUAACCUACUUAAGAAAUCGCGUAGUUUUGGUUAUGAAUAGGUAGAUCUGUUUACAUCGAAAGCCGUGUAAUUCCUACAAAACCGCAUCCUCUUAAGACCCGCGCGAUAAACCCCAAGAUUCCCGUCUGAUAACAAAAUCUCGCGCAGAGGUUAUCGAGACCAAUAAAACACAACACUAAGUCAUUCCAAAUCCGAAAUCCGAGCGACACGUCCAACGCCAGGCAUGAAGAUCGACCACCUCCUCCCGCUGCUGCUGUGCGUCGCGACGGUGGCCACCGACGUGUCCAACAACGAGGUGGACGACGACGUCGACAGGACCGACGCCCGGGACGACGCCUGCGACCUGUCGGCGGAGCUGAUCGCUGAAAUCGCAGCCUACCAAACGACGGCGAACACCAUCAUCAACUCGCUGACCAACGGGAAGUUCAAGGGAGGCACCUACAAGGAGCUGACGGACUUCGUCGAUAAGUUCGGGCCGAGGCUAUCGGGAACGCAGAACCUGGAGGAUUCGAUAGACUACAUGCUGGAUCUCCUCAACCAGUACGAACUGGAGAACGUCCACGGGGAAGAGCUCCAGGUGCCCCACUGGGAAAGAGGAAACGAAUCGGCACAAAUGGUCUCCCCCAGGGAAGCCGAGAUCGCGGUUCUAGCUCUGGGCAACUCCGUAGGCACCCCGGAAGAAGGCAUCGAGGCCGAGGUACUCGUAGUACGCUCGUUCGAGGAACUAGACCAAGCCAACUUCUCCGAGGCCGCUAACGGGAAGAUAGUCGUCUUUAAUAACGACUUCGUCAGCUACGGGGUAUCGGUCCAAUACAGAAGCCAGGGUGCCAGGAGGGCCGCCAUCCACGGUGCCGUAGCUGCACUCGUCAGGUCGGUGGCCCCCUUCUCGUUGUACACCCUACACACCGGAACUCAGUCCUAUGGUACGGGUACGCAGAUACCCUCUCUUUCUAUCACCAUAGAAGAUGCCAAGAUGUUCCAGAGGUAUCAGGAUAGGGGAGAAAAAAUUGUUUUGCGACUCAAAUCCGAAGCCCAGACCUUCAACGAUUCAACCUCGAGAAACACGGUGGCCGAAGUGGAAGGAUCCGAUGAACCAGAGAAGGUAGUGCUGGUGUCGGGCCAUUUGGACAGUUGGGAUGUAGGAGUUGGCGCCAUGGACGACGGUGGUGGUGCAUUCAUCUCUUGGUACGCUUUGGCUGUUCUAAAAUCGCUCGGAAUCAGAGCAAAGAGGACCUUAAGAGCAGUGUUAUGGACGUCAGAGGAACUUGGUUUGGUUGGCGCCUAUGCUUACGACAGAGACCAUGCUGAUGAACUAGACAACAUCACUUUCGUCAUGGAGUCGGACGAAGGGACAUUUACUCCUUUGGGACUGGAGUACAAUGCUGGUACAAGAGGUGGUUGCAUUAUACAAGAGAUAAUGAAACUUUUAGCCCCUAUCAAUGCAACUCAAACAGAGUACAGUAGCAGUGGCGUCGGCUCGGACAUUUCUAUUUGGGCCAACAUCAUACCAGGUGGUAGUCUUUUAAACGCAAACGAUAGGUAUUUCUGGUACCACCACACGGAAGCUGACACCAUGGACGUUAUGGACCCGGACAACCUCGACAAGGCAACGGCUCUGUUUGCUGUGGUGUCCUACGUUAUCGCCGACCUCAGCGAGGAAUUCCCUAGGGACUUUGACACUUUGACAGCUAACGCUGCAAAGUCUGCGUUAAUCCAAAAGCUACAGGAAGGGGUAGCCAGUAAUAAAAUGAGGAAAUUGUAGUACUUACAUGAGUUCGUAAGACAAGUAAAUUAAGUUAGACUAAGUAUUAUUUUACAUGUUGUACAUAAGGGACAGUAAAUAAAAAAAAGUUCUAGUUUCUGUAA